AUGGUCGAAUUUAGCAUCAGGGAAUCGAUGGUCGUACUGUACGUACAGAAUUUGUGCCCACAAGUGUUGAUACUGCGCGAGAUCUAUCUAUACUACGAAAAGCACAUGCGUGUCUCCUUGUUCGAUGGCGUUCUACGCAUGGUACCCGGCUACGAAUAUGUGAUAGAAAGGGAGAUUCACGAAAAGGAGGAUCGUUCGUACCAUGUGGUGCUGCUGUGUCAGGUAAUUGGCACCAACUUUAAGUUGCGUGAAACGGUACUUAUUCAUCUGCUGUCACCGCGAAUUCCUCGUGGCCUUCCAAUGGCGAUGAAAAAAUUGCCCAUGUUUGAGAUACCGGACUAUGUGCAGGAUGUUUACAAGAACGACUUUCUCGCGAUUCAACACUACAACCGUAAUUCUACCCUUUGGUUAGAACGGUUUAAGAAGUACCGAAGUGAAAAGCUCAACUCGAAGAACUACGUAGAAUAUUUGCGUAUGCUGAACCAGAUCGACGAACUCCAUCGCGAUCAUCAGAUGCAGCGGUACACGAUCGAGAGUGCAAAUCUGAAGGAAACGCUGCCAAACGAGUACAUGCUCUCUAUCGAACAGUUUAACGUGCCUCCGGUUCUGCUCGAUGUUGGAUCCCACGUACAUGUUUACAGUGAAGCGAACAAAUCUAUACUGACGCGCGGAAUGAUUAUCGAUCGUAGUUCCUGCUUUAUCAUCAAAACUGAUGUUCCACUAAGAAAGUUACGCUCGUUGCGGCUCGUAUUUCCAUUAAAUCGGACGCAAUAUAUAAUGGAACACAUGGCUUUAAAUUAUGUUUGUCACCUCGAUCUAAACAGUGUGCUUUUCCCCGAACCGCAAGCCGAAAAAUCGACCAAAGCCAUAAAAAAAGCGUUCAAAGAAGAGCACAUUACUAAGUUCAAAUGGUUUCAAGAUUGCAUUGCCACCAACGAGCAGCAGAAACAGGCUAUCAAAAAUAUCAUCAACCGAACGGCAUAUCCGGCUCCCUACAUCCUGUUCGGGCCACCCGGCACCGGCAAAACAUGCACCAUUGUUGAAGCGGUGCUGCAGAUAUGGAAAUUGCGAAAAAAAUCCCGCAUCCUUGUGACGGCAACGUCGAACUUUGCUUGCAACGAACUGACGAAACGGUUGCUAAAAUAUGUGCCACGUACGGACAUUUUUCGCUAUUUUUCUCUCACCACGGAGCGGGAUAUUCACGAGAUAGAUUUAAAAGUGAUAGAGGUGUCAAACAUGCAUUACGGUGAGUACGAAACACCGUCGGCGGAGGACUUUACCCAUACGCGCAUCCUCGUCUGCACGGUGAUGAUUAGCGCGCGUUUGUUGCAGCUAAAUGUGGGCCGCAGUAUGUACGACUACAUCUUCAUCGACGAGUGCGGUAGCUGCAAGGAACUGUCCGCACUCGUACCAAUCGCAUGCGUUGGCACGGAUACUGCUAAAGGAAAGCUGCACGCUAGUGUCGUGCUUGCUGGCGAUCCGAAGCAACUCGGACCGGUCACGCUCAUGCCAUACUUGCGAGGCACUCCACACGACGUGUCGCUGCUGGAGCGGCUAAUGAAUCUGCCACUGUAUCAAAAAGACUUGAACAACAACGACUACAACCCGGACAUGGUGACGAAGCUCCUGGAUAACUACCGUUCGCAUGGUGCAUUGUUCCAAUUCUCCAACCAACAGUUUUACGACGGUGAACUGCGUGCUAAAGGAUCGCCCGCCAUUAUUAACUGGGCCGUAAAAUGGCAGCAACUGCCGAAUCGAGAUUUCCCCAUGAUUUUUCACACUGUGAUCGGCUAUAUGCAGCAAGAUUCCAUCACGCUCAGCUAUUGGAACGCUCAGGAAGCGACUAAGGUGUACGAGUACGUGCAGCUGCUGUUGAAGGAAGAAAUUAAUGGUCGUAUGCUGCAACAGGAAGACAUUGGUAUCGUGACGCCCUACUCUAAACAGGUGGAGUUUAUCAAGAACGGCCUUACGGUGCUUGGUUUGGAUAGCAUUGAGGUAGGUUCGGUAGAUCAGUUCCAGGGACGCGAGAAACCAGUGAUCAUAAUAUCAACCGUACGUUCGAAUCGCACAUCGGUCGGAUUUUUAGCCGACGUUAGACGGCUAAACGUGGCGUUGACUCGUGCCCAAGCACUAACGAUCAUCAUCGGUAAUGCUAAGAUUUUGAUGAAGAACCGCACGUGGUACGAAUUUUUGAAACUACUUAAAGCUAAUAAGGCGAUCGCGGGUAAGAUGUUCUACUGUGACAAAACUUUUUCGACACGAAAGAUGAUGGAUGAAGUAGAACUGGCUAAUGGAUGGAAUUUCGCCUGA